CCACAAAACCCAAGUAUGUCUUGUCCAUGGCCUAUUCGUGUCCAAUUAUCCGAUGGAAAACCAGUAUGUUUACACAUUCUACUGGCUAACUGGCAGCUGCAUCCAUACAAAUAGGAAUAUAACGAUUCCAUAAGGUUAUUAGACAUGGCGAAAGGUUUUAUGCUACUUCUUCUGAUAGUCUCGACUAUCCUACUGGAUCACGUGUCCGAGACUUCCGGCGCUCGGGACAUGCACCCCUUUAGCCCGGUGUUCCACACGGGACCUUACAACAGUUUCAGUUUGGACGAGUUGUUUUCAAGGAAGUCAUCGACAGCCAUACAAAGUCUGAUAUCACUUCCGGUACUUAACACGUCAGACAAAGAGAACAUCCACAAUACAACGACAGACAUUUCUCCCUGCUUGCCCGCAACCGAAAGCGUUUACCACAAUGUACCGCGCAUGCUCAACGGGUACCAGCCGCAAGUGAAAGGCGAUAGUAACGCCGGUGCAUCUUCUUUACGUGCGUCUCGAUACGCUCCGUACAGCACAUCUCACUUCCUGUCGUUCAGACACAAGACUCUCCAAGAAAGUACCGGCUCCAAACGAGACGAAAAGAAUAUUGACGUCCUAGACGACAGUCAAGAUAAUUUACGAACCAGCGAUGUCCCAAACACGACCGACUCCUCGAUAUCCACUCACGACUCCACCUCCCCAAAGUCGUCUGCUUCCUUGUCAUCUCCGGCUAGCAGCGCGCGCGCUUCACCGGAGUCAGUCACAGAGCCGGUAACCAGCCCGGAAACCAGCUCCGAGCAGACGACCAAGAAAAAGGCGCGAACCAACUACACGAAUGAACAGAUUCAGACGUUGCUGAAACUCUUCCACGAGAAUCCCUACCCCGAGUCGGAGAUGAUGGAAAACAUUGCCAAGGACUUCGGGGUGCCCGAGAACAAAAUCAAGAUCUGGUUCCAGAACAAGCGCGCACGGUGGCGCAGGCGAGUCAACGACAACAUGAACCACUUCCCUGGGCAGCCGUUCAUGCCCGUGUCUCCAAUGUUGUCGCCGGUCCACUCAUACGGGUCCAUGUACGGCAACAUGAUGUCGUCAUCGCCGCAACAUCCAGCUUAUUUCAACUACCCAUGGAUGCAGUCAGGCGCGCUAAGUCCGAACAAUAGCAACAACAACCAGCCACUUCCGGGGCACUCCCGUCUGCCGCACACGAACAUGACAGCGACGCCUGUGACGUCCACGUAUUUCCCACCCGUUUCCAUGCCGACCAGUAUUUCGCAUAUGUCGUCUGCAACGGCAUAUCCGCUCAGAACGUCACCACAACAAAUGAUGACGUCACAACAGAGACAAUAUCAGUACCCACAUUUCCUGUACGGAUCACAGGGGUACCAUGGUGGCCAAUAGACAUUCCGCUUCGAUGUGCUUGUUUUGUUAGAUAUAUAUUUGUUGCGGU